AUGCGCGUGACCCGCGAGACGCAUUCGCUCGAGUGGGACAGUCGCCAACGCGCGUCGCGUUGCUCGCACUUUCGGAAAUGGUUCGACUCGAGCACAAGUGCCAAUAGCCAACGAGCGGACCUCAGUCUCGAGCACCGCACACCGCAGCAGCAGAUGGACAUUUGGUUGGCGCUGUGUGUCGCUCGUCGACCUGCAGGUGUCCCCAUGUCGCCCCUGCGCUCGUCCAGUCUCAAGAAAGCGCCGUCGCCACUGGCAGUCAAGUGGAGUGCGUACAUUGGCGCUAUGGGCCUCAAGGACACGAGCAGAGACGCGCGGCGUCGCGUCCAGUUUGCUGCAGACGAUGCAGAGCACUACGACGCUGUGGAAUGGACCGAAGACGAGAAGACAUUGUGCUUUUAUUCCGCUGAAGAAUUGGACGAGAUGGAGACGCUGUCGAAGCAGCACGUGCACCGCGGGGUGCGCUUCACGGACCAGCCGGAGGACACGGUGCUGGAGCAGGGCUUCUUGAGUGUGCCGGUGAACGCACCUUUUUUCCAAUCCCGACGGUACUACUGCUUGCUGCGAGGCCAUCGACUGCAGCUGUUUAGUUCGGCGGUCCACGCGGCCAAGAGCUCGGGUCGGAAAGAACAGCUCACGGUUCUCCGCGUACAGGACUGUCAGACGCUUUCGAUGCGGAAGAAGUUUGCGCUGUUUGGCGCGCAGCUGCCCCCGCAGAUCGGUUUGAUGUUUUACGUGAUCAAGGCCAAUGGCGAGCGAGUGCUGUUGAUUGCAGAUGCCAAGAGCGCUAAGCGCAAUUGGGUGCACGCACUCAGUCGUCUGACAUACAUUGGUGAAGGCGAGAGCGUUGCCAAUACUUCUGCCCCUCGGAGUCGCUCGAGCUCGGCUCCGAUGCCGCCGUUGGCCAUCUUGUCACCCGUGCUGGAAGCUGACUCGGAAGAAGAAGUGUACGGCGACAGGACGGCAGUGGGACCCGUGAAAGUGGAAAGGAGAAGCAGCUGCACGGCGCUUUGCUGA